AUGGCAGUGUCAAAAAUGCUCUUCUCUGACGUUGAAACUUUUUUGGACUCGCACCCUGACUUAUUCGAGGACUAUUUGAAUCGAAAGGGGAAUUAUGGCAUGGUGGAGAAAUGGCUCAAGAAUCACCAGGCGAGCAAAAGUAAUCCAGCGGCAGCGGCUCCGAGCGAGCCUCGGGAGGAGAAGAGCUCCGUGUGCAAGGACAGCUGGGCGAGUAAAUGUGAUGGGCUGCAGAGGAGAGCCUCACAGAAAGAGCUCCGAAAAACUUUUGCGAGGUCAAAGGCGAUUAAUGUCAACAGAACGUAUGACGAAUAUGUGAAUUCUAGGGCACAAGAGCCGCUGACUAGCAUGAGGAGGAGAGCGCUGCUGAGAAAAGCGAGCUCUCUACCCCCGACCACUGCGCACAUCCUGAGCGCUCUGCUUGAGUCCAGAGUUAACAUCCCACAGUACCCAUCCACCGCUGUGGAUUUUAAAUAUUACCUCAAAGAGCACAACGAAAGAGAGUUUUUCUUAGAACUGGUCAAAGACAUUUCAAAUGAUCUGGAUUUAACAAGCCUGAGCUAUAAAAUCCUCGUGUUUGUUUGUAUUAUGGUCGACGCAGACCGGUGCUCCUUGUUUUUAGUGGAAGGCACAGGAAAUAAAAAGACAUUAGUGUCUAAAUUCUUUGAUGUGCACGCGGGUACCACAGUUCUGCCCUCAAUGAAUUCUGAUGAAGUUCAAGUGCCCUGGGGAAAAGGCAUCAUUGGCUAUGUGGCUGAACACGGAGAGACAGUGAACAUUCCUGACGCUUAUCAGGACCGUCGAUUCAGUGAUGAAAUUGACAAGUUGACAGGCUACAAAACCAAGUCACUUUUGUGCAUGCCCAUUCGAAACAGUGAUGGGGAGAUUAUUGGAGUAGCUCAGGCCAUCAACAAGACCUCAAGUGGAGAACUCUUCACUGAAGACGAUGAAAAGGUGCUGCAGAUGUACCUCCCCUUCUGUGGGAUUGCCAUCUCCAACGCUCAACUGUUCGCUGCCUCCAGAAAGGAAUAUGACAGGAGUCGGGCGCUCUUAGAGGUCGUCAAUGACCUGUUUGAGGAGCAGACUGACCUGGAGAAGAUUGUCAGGAAGAUCAUGCACCGUGCCCAGACACUGCUUAAGUGCGAGCGCUGCUCAGUGCAGCUGCUGGAGGACAUUGAGUCACCGGUUGUCAAGUUCACAAAGUCAUUUGAGUUGCUGUCUCCUAAGUGUAGUGCUGACACUGACACCAGUUUCAAAGACAGCAUGGAGAAAUCCUCUUACUCAGACUGGCUCAUUAACAACAGCAUUGCAGAGCUGGUAGCCUCCACAGGACUGCCUGUAAACAUCAGUGAUGCCUAUCAAGAUCCACGCUUUGAUGCCGAGGCCGACCAGUUUUCAGACUUUCACAUCCGCUCUGUGCUUUGUGUUCCUAUAUGGAACAGCAACCAUCAGAUUAUUGGUGUUGCUCAAGUACUUAACAGACUGGAUGGGAAACCCUUUGACGAUGCAGAUCAACGUCUUUUUGAGGCAUUUGUCAUCUUUUGUGGACUGGGAAUCAACAACACCAUCAUGUAUGACCAGGUGAAGAAGUCCUGGGCCAAACAGUCUGUAGCGUUGGAUGUGCUGUCUUACCAUGCCACUUGCUCAAAGACUGAAGUUGACAAAUUUAAGGCAGCCAACAUCCCUCUUGUCUGUGAACUGGGCAUCGAUAAAUUGUCUUUUGACGAUUUCUCAUUGGACGUGGACGCCAUGAUCACAGCUGCUUUGCGGAUGUUUAUGGAGUUGGGAAUGCUGCAGAAGUUUAAGAUUGACUAUGAGACACUUUGCAGAUGGCUGUUGACAGUCCGGAAAAACUACAGAAUGGUUCUUUAUCACAACUGGAGACAUGCCUUCAACGUCUGCCAGUGCAUGUUUGCUAUGCUAACGACAGCAGGGUUUCAAGAGACUCUCACAGAAGUGGAGAUCCUGGCUCUUAUCGUGGGCUGUGUUUGCCAUGACUUAGACCACCGUGGCACCAACAAUGCAUUUCAGGCAAAGACGGGCUCAGCUCUGGCUCUGCUUUAUGGGACCUCUGCUACACUAGAGCACCACCAUUUCAACCACGCUGUUAUGAUCCUGCAAAGCGAGGGUCACAACAUCUUCUCCAACCUGUCGUCCACAGAGUACAGCGACCUCAUGCAGCUCCUCAAACAGUCGAUCCUGGCCACAGAUCUCACGCUCUACUUCGAGAACAGGAACACAUUCUUUGAGCUGGUGAGUAAAGGGGAGUACAACUGGAACGUGAAGGCACACAGGGACAUGUGCAGAUCCAUGAUGAUGACAGCGUGUGAUCUUGGUGCUGUGACCAAACCUUGGGAUAUUUCAAAGAAGGUGGCUGAACUGGUUACCAGUGAGUUCUUUGAGCAGGGAGAUCGAGAGAGAUCAGAGCUGAAGCUUACACCAUCAGCGAUCUUUGAUCGAAACAGGAAGGAUGAGUUGCCGGGGCUCCAGCUGGAGUGGAUUGAUGGCAUCUGCUCUCCGCUGUACGAGACUCUGGUCAAGCUGAAUCCUAAACUUCAGCCAAUGCUUGACAUGAUCCAAGCGAACAGAUCCAAAUGGGAAGAACUAAACAAAAAGAGACAGCGCGGCCAGAGCAUCUCUGCCCCAGCAAGCCCACGCAGUGCUGACAGCUCUGAACCAGGUGGGGGCGCUGCAGCUAAAAUGGGCAGCUCCCCAUGUUGCAGUGGUGCUCCUGAACCUUCUAAACCUGUGAGUUAGCUUUUGCUGCUGCCUGAGAUAGGCCUCUGAGCUUUUUCCUCUUAAAGCAGCCUGCAGAGAAAGCAGAGCAGUUCACGUAGAGUGUGGAGCUUUUGAAAGAUGAGCUUUAAACGUGAGAGCGGUGCUGUGUUGAGUUUUCUGCUCCCGUCAGUGUGGAGGGCUGAGGGCUUCUCACACGUGUUUGGCCAGCUAAAGGUUCUCCUUACAGAUGUACAGCGAUACAGAUACACAACGUCAGGAUGAACCAUACAGUCUAUGGGACAAACACUUAAAACACUGUCACAUGUCAACUGUGACCAACUGCUCCUUUUCUGGGCAUUGCACCCACUUUCAGCACAAUAUAUGAAGAAUACUGGUUUGCAUUAGUGUUUGCUAUUCGCACAUUGUGUUUUGGACAAGAGUUAUUUUUUGUAAAUGUGUAUAUAGGCUUCUGAAU